AUUCGGUACAGCAGGUUUUUACAAAUGCAGCCUUGCCAGGCAGAACAUUUUCCUUGCAAAGGUCAGGAGGUAAUAACGAGACGAAUAUCUCUACAGAACGAUGCAAGUCAGCCCGAGAUCUUCACUUAGCCGGACAGAUAGCUGGGCGACACAGCAAACGGAGAAACUACGUGAUAUCGCAUGCUGCGCCAUCGCAAGAGGUCUCGGCGUUGACGGCCCUAACUGGCCUCGGUGAGAUUGGUUGACUGCAAUGCUUCUCGGCAAAAGUGUUCUCAAAGAGGCCCAGACAGGCUCAGUGGCUCUAUGUGCUCGAUGUCAGCAGCGAUCGGGAGCAUCAAUUCAAGAUCAAGCCGUGUCUUCCAUGUGUCAUACCGCGAAACCACCUUGUGAAGCAGCCUCAGUGCAGCCAGGAGUCGAAACGUCUUUGAUCGAAGACCCUGUCGAGAUAGUGACCAGCCACCAGCAUAUCAAAAACGACAAAGACGCUCUGGCUUCGGUACAUAUACAACAACCCAAAACCACCAUCUUGUCACCACCCCCUGAACUCAUCCACCUCAUCGCAGGAUACCUCGACUACCCAGAUCUCCUCUCCUUGAAACUCAGCCACCCCUACUUCACCAGCAUUUUCGCCAGCACCCCCACCGUCACCCAGCGCGUAUCAUGGGUCCUCCAGCGGAACGCAGAGGACUUCCCCAUCCCCCAAUCCGCACAACUCUCGUUUCGGUCUGACAGAGCCUUCGUCGCCAACCGCGAAGUAAACGACAUCCUCCGCCGGAGGAGACUGCACAUUGAAUGCGUCAAAUGCGAGAACGCCCGGGCGUACGUGGUCGACAAGUUUGGUAAGAGAGGACGGAUUAUGUGCUUUGUCACGGGCGACGUGUGUCCUUUUGUCACGAGGAAAAGACGCGGGUCCUCGAAAAGUGGGCGUUACUAUAUUCGCGGCCCUAAUGGCAGGAGUAUCAAGUUUGAUGUUGUUGAUAUGCCAAGGUCUGUCGGACGGAGGGUUGCUUAUGAAAUGUCGGUUGUAUUUGGCGUGAUUGUGCUGGUGUUCGCCAUGGUGUUGUCCUAUCUUAUGUGCAUUCGUUGAGUUUGGUGGUCGCCUGGCUACUGUAUCAAGAGUCAGCCAAGCUGGCCUGGUAUUGAUCGGCGACACAAGCAAAUGAAACCAGAUUCUGGAAGGUCUUCAGGUCUUUUGAUCCGCUUAUUGCGAGGAGAGGGCUCUGCAGGCGUCGAAUUGCAAUGUUACAGUCCUGCAGACCACCCACGGCAACGGGCUUCAAGCCUGCCAGUCCCAUCGUUCCGAAAUCUUCUUUGGCGAGCUCCAUUAUGAACAUGACAUAGUGGUGAGGAUAAUCGUCCAGCAUCUUGGGUCGGUAUUUCUCUUCACUCUGGCUAAGAGGUAGGCGAAGGAGUGGUCGGUGGGAUCGACUGGCUCCUGGUCGGCAUGGGUUGUUAAUAGC